UUUUUUUUUUUUUGUUGCUUUCUCUCUCUCUCUCCACGUCCUCAAAACAAACCCUAGCUGGCUGGACUGUGAUCGAGUUUCAUCAAACAAACAUUUACUCUUUGUCUCUCUGCCUCUGCCUCUGCCUCUGCCUCUGCCUUAGUCUCUGCCUGAGUCUCGAUCUCGUCUCAGGCUUCGUCCCCAUCUGCCAAGGUAUUUGUAUGAGUGGGCGAGAGUGAGUCUUAUACGUGGCCCUGCCAAGGACAUGGCAAACGGUCCGCAAGCAUUCUACGCUCUGUGGCAGGAGUCGGGUGUCCGUGAGAAGCUCUUCGACCUGCUCUCCAACGACGACAUUUGCGCCGUCAGACUCGCCAACUCGGCCUGCUGCAAUCUUGUCACCAAGAGACUCUUCCUUCGAACUCACCUGACCUUCACGCCCAACACCUUCACCAGGCCGAGCAGGAUCCAGGCCUUGUCGAGGAUCGGCCACCAUGUCGAGCACCUCACCUUCCACUUUGCCCACUCAGAGGCCACCUUCCUGCCGCCUCUUAUCCACCCCCGGACCGGGCACGAGCUCAACUUCCUCUACACCCCCCACACGUCCAUGGCCUCGGUCCUGUCGAGACCCAAGUAUGGCAACUCGGAGUUUGGCGAAAUCCUGACCCAGCAGUAUCCGCCCCUAUUCCAUGCCGCCAGCAACGUGCCCUCCUUCAUCAAUGCCAUGCAACACUUGCCAAACAUACGCCAUCUCACCAUCAAAACCCCAGGUCAAGACCCCAGGGAGCGCUACCGCCGAGACAUUGUCGACUACGCUCUCAUAAGCCUGCGAAUCUCACUCGAGCGCGCCCCCCUAACCAGACUGAACAAGCUCUCGCUGUCCGCCGUUCAUCCCUCAGCUUUCCUCUACCUCCGCCACCUGCCCGGUCUCGGUGCCUCGCCUGCUGCCGCCCGCCGAUGGCGCCAGAUCCGGAAGCUCAACAUCUCUGUCGAGUCCUGGGACUUUUACGGCCCUUCGCCGGGUCUUGAUCAGCUCAAGAUCAUUGAUGAUUUCAUCCGGAACCUGGCCCCGACUCUUGAGAAGCUUUCCUUCACCUGGCUCGGCCGUAAAGGCCCCUGCCCCCUUGCGCUCUGCGAGGACCCCCUAUUCGCGCCGCCACGCAACACCAAGAAGCUAUUCAACGAGGUUACCAGCCCCAUGUCGCCGCUGCCGCCGCGGCCGUCGCGGAGGCCGCUGGUCAUGCCCCGGCUAAGAGCCAUGUCGGUGCGCAAUGCAACCAUGAACGCCCCUCAGAUCCAAAGGCUCGUCAACAGCCACAAAGCCACCGUGCGCGAGUUCGACUUUGAGAACGUCGCUCUCAUCGGCAGUGGCAGCUGGGACGACGCCCUGGCGCCCCUGGCAGACGGCGGCAGCAGCGAUUCAUGGUCGCGCCGCUCCUUGGGAGGGAGCGAAAACAGCUUCCGGCCACCAACAGCGCGGUCGGCGUCUGGGUCUGGCGUGGCAAGCUCCCAGGAGGACGAACAGCUGCCCGCCUCGUCUGCAGCGGCCGCCGCUGCGAGUCGCGAGCUGUUCGACGUGGAUCUCGAGGGCAUGGUCUUCGGGGGGAUAAACGACGUCGAAGCACUCGAGGCCGGUGUUGAAGAGUGGGCGCGCGGCGUCACGGCGGCGGCAGCGUCGCAAGACGGUGGCGCAAUCGGGACUAUUCUCGAGGCGGAUGAAGAGAAGGCCGAAGACGACGACGGCCUAGCAUCGGACAUAGAAGCUGCCAGGCAAGCAAGCCAUGGCUUCAGCACAAAGCUCAAGAAGCGCCGCAUCCGCAAGAAGUCUCGCAGCCACUACUCCUCCAAAGACGAGCUCGCCGAAGAGGAUAAAGAUAGCCGACGGAGCGAGCGCCACUCGAGCCGCUCAGACCGCCACGACCAACCUAGCGAGCGUCACCGCUACCACAGCCGGAGCCGCCACAAGCACUCGCGCAGCGACGACACAAGCGACCGCCACCACAGCCGAGAUGGCUCGACGCACUCCCGGCGCAGCCACCGCCACCACCGCCGGCACCGCUCGGAGGAGAUCCCCGACAUGCCCGACAUGCCCGAAGUCAUCGGGACAGACGACGAGGGCCACUACCGUCCACGAACACCCCAGCCGAAACCCAGCAUCACGGCACCCAUCCUCAACCCCGAUCCUCUCCCAAUACUGCUGCAGCCAGCGGUAUACGAUCCGUCUGCCAAGACUAAAGCCGUCCUGAGAACGUCGACAGACAGCACCUCGCCGCCGCUGCCCGCUGCCGCCACCGCUACCGACAACGACGGGCUCUCGUCGGUACAGCGGUCCAUCGAAGCCGACCUGCUGGCCGAGGCCGAGGACGCGGCGGCGCGCUCGACGGCGCUGCGACGCGCCAAGGAAGCCGUGCUGACCAAGCUGUCGCGCGAGUUCUGCAGGCGCAAGGCCGCCGGCGCGCACAGCAAGGACUCGGCCGCCGUCACGGCCGGCCUGUCAGCGUUGAACCUCGGCAUGAACAUGAACCUGAACCUGAACGGCGGCGCAUCCAUGGGCUGCGGCGCCACGUCCAGCAUGGGCCUGCGCAUCCGCGAGGGCCUCUUCGGCCGCAGCCUCGCCAACGUCGCCGCCAUGGCGCCGGACCACCGCAGCAUGGACAGCCAGACCGCGCUGGUGCCGUUGAUGUUCAGCCGGUCCUGAGAGAGAAAAGUGAGAGUAGAAAGGGUUAGACAGGGGAAGGGGGUUCAACCGUGGGAAAUGUUUGUGGGGUGUAACGGCGGCGGGCAACGGAAAAGAGAAAAUAACAUAACCAUGUGGCGUCUUUUGAAUUCGGAUGAUGCCAUAAUACCAUUCCUUGUUGGGGGGAUUUGUUUUACCUUGUUCGUGGUACAUACAGUACGGAUAGGGGGUUGGAGUUGGAUUUUGAUGACUUUGAUGAAUGAAGGUGCACACGGGCCGACAUGAUGAACACACAUACAUAUAUGGAUAACGGUGUUGAACGAACCUUUUUGGCUGGUUGGUUACUUGGUUGGUUGACGGGCUCACUCUUUAUGACUUAUUGUAAUGACU